CAUCUCUUCACGGGAAAGAAAAGCAAUAAGCAAUCACGGAGCGGCGGAGAGAGAGAUACACUCAACUCAACUAGCGAACUAUCCGUUAGACUCUCCAACGGCUACAUACAGUUUUCUCAUUUGAAACUUCAGAGACACCAAAACCCCAAUCUUCUUCCAAACUCUCUGCUUCGAGCUUUCUCCCGUCUCUUUGCUCUUCCUUUCCUCUUUCCCUCUCCAGUUCAUUAAGCUUCUGAUCUCCCAUUUUCUUUCUCAAAUUCUAGCUUUUCUUUCAAAAUUUCCCAAAAAUUCCGCCCAAAGAUCCAAGGUUUGGCCUCUUUCGAUUCUGGCUUAGAGAUGGCUCCUACGCCAUCUUCUUCCUCCAAACCGCACCCUACCCACCACUCUUUCAAGACCCCUCUAUCCAAACAGCGCCUCAAUUUCGCCUCCGCUCGCACUCCUAACCACCAACCCUCACCAAACCCUAAUUCCGCCGUCAAGGAAAUCCAGCCGAUCGAUCACCCGAUCGAGGUGAUCGGCCGCAUCAGGGAUUUCCCCGACCGGAAGGAGAAACCUGCUUCAGUCUUGAACGUGAAUCCCGACGGUGAGACGGUUAGAGUCCGGGCGGAAAUCGGCUACAGGGACUUCACCCUCGACGGAGUUUCAUUGUCCGAGCAGGAGGAUCUCGAUUCCUUCUACAAGAAGUUCAUCCAGUCCAGAAUUACCGGGGUGAAAUUGGGGGAGAAGUGCACGAUUAUGAUGUACGGGCCGACGGGUUCUGGGAAGAGCCACACGAUGUUUGGGUGUCCCAAGCAGCCAGGGAUAGUGUACAAGGGUUUGAAGGAUAUUUUGGGGGAAGGAGGAGAAGAGAAAGGCAGCCAUGGGGAAAAGCUGGGGAUGAUGGCUACUUUCGUACAUGUCACUGUUCUGGAGAUAUAUAAUGAGGAAAUUUAUGAUCUUUUGUCCAGUAAUGGUGGGGCUGGAGGGUUUGGAAUUGGGUGGCCUAAGGGUGGCAGUGCCUCAAAGGCAAGACUCGAAAUAAUGGGAAAGAAGGCGAAAAAUGCCACUUUCAUAUCUGGGUCUGAAGCUAGCAAGAUUCUGAAAGAGAUUCAGAAGGUGGAGAAGAAGAGGAUUGUCAAGAGCACUCUCUGUAAUGAAAGAAGUUCCAGAAGUCACUGUAUGAUUAUCCUAGAUGUUCCAACAGUGGGAGGCCGCCUGAUGCUUGUAGACAUGGCAGGAUCAGAAAACAUUGACCAAGCUGGGCAAACUGGCUUUGAGGCUAAGAUGCAGACAGCCAAGAUAAAUCAAGGGAACAUAGCACUAAAACGGGUGGUUGAGUCAAUUGCAAAUGGAGAUUCUCAUGUGCCUUUCAGAGAUAGCAAGUUGACUAUGCUGCUCCAGGAUUCUUUUGAAGAUGACAAGUCAAAGAUUCUAAUGGUUCUUUGUGCAAGUCCUGAUCCAAAGGAGAUCCACAAGACAAUCUGCACUCUCGAAUAUGGAGCUAAAGCAAAGUGCAUUGUACGUGGCCCUCAUACCCCAAUUAAAGAUACUGAGGACUCUAGUUCAGUCGCGUUAGGAUCUAGGAUAGCAGCCUUGGACGAGUUCAUCUACAAGCUGCAAAUGGAGAACAAGGCCAAAGAGAAAGAGAGGAGCGAGGCACACAGACAGCUCAUGAAGAAAGAAGAAGAGAUAGCUUCCUUAAGAGCCCAGAUUGCAGUGAGAGAAGCUAUAGUUCCGAGUGAAGAAGAGAUCAACGUGAAGGUGAAUGAGCGAACACAGAUGAUGAAAAUCGAUCUGGAGAGGAAGUUACAAGAAUGCCAGAAGGCAGCUGAGAAGUUUUUUGAGAUGGAGAAGAAGAGGAUGGAAGAGAAGAUAUUGCAGCAGCAACAAGAAGUUGAAAUGCUGAGGAGACGACUGGAAGAGUUUGAGCUGGAGGCAAGUCGUCCUAAGGUUAGCGGGUUGGAGCAAAGGGAUGCUGCAAAUGAAGUGGGUGGUUGCAGAAGUAGCUUUGCAAGCAGGCUGUUGGGAACUUGUGGUGGAGACGAUGAGGCAGGGAUGGUCAAAUCAAUGGAUCUGGACAUGGGGGAUCAAGAAGUCUUUGUGCGCGAGGUUAAGUUUGUAGACUCAGCUUCUCAGCCAGGAAGCAACAUUGACAGUCCUUAUUUCCCUCCACAGACUGAUGCAUUUGGAACGAACUAUGGUGAUAAAUUUAAUCUCAGCACAGUUUUUGAAGAGGAAGAAGUGGAUGAAGAAGAUGAUGAACAACAGAAGAUGGACGAGGAGGAAGAAGAAGAAGUUGAGAAGAAGGUUAUAGAGGUGGAGGAGUGGAAGAAGCAAUCGAGUCAGGGAGAGGACAACAGCAAACUGAAGGACGACGACAUGUCUGAGGCUAGCAGGAGAUUAAGAAUUCAAAACAUAUUUACACUCUGCGGAAACCACAGGGAGCUAUCCCAUACCCAGACUCAGACCAACAGUACACCAGUGGCAGCUGCUGCUAAAGGGUUUCAGGAGGUUUGUUCUGAGAAGGAGAACAACAACCCUCAACUCCCAUUAACUCCACUUCUAGAUUACAACAAACUCCCACCACUCACACCAGGUUCAUGCUUGUCUUCUAAACAGAAGAUAAUGCAAGAAGGGGAUGGUUUCUCACCUGAAGUUGAGCACCUAAGAUCCACUCCGUUCAUUACUAAGAGAAAGGCUCUACACUGAUGGUCUGCUUUCUUAUCCUGUUUCCCCUUUUGUAUCUUGGGGCAAUUUUCUCGAGUAUAUGUGCCCAUGUACUCCUGUUUAUGCAAGUCUCACUUUUGUAGCGUGGAAUGCUUCUGUGAUGUGAUCAUUUUGAUUGGAAAUGGGAUCCAUUGCUGUCAUCAACUCGCAUACUAGAAUGCAAGAGCAUCCCACCAUUCAGUCCUUGCUUCCAUUUCGAUAUUUGCAUUGAACCCUCAAAAGGGUUCACUUUAUGUCAUUGUGUUUUGCUUCACAGUUGGAGGCUUUGGCCAAUAAGCAAAUUGACAACAG